AUGGCCGCGACGGUUGCCAAACCCGGCCUUAUCCCGCGAGUCAUACAAGAACACAGCUUGCGGGCCGUCGCAAACCCCGACUCUACCACCGCCGCUGCCGUCUCCCCGGUAGAGACCGAUACGGACCCCAAAGUGCCCCCGCAGCACCAACGAUUGAAGCUGGGAGACUUUGCUCUCGUGAGGACUCUAGGAACGGGUACCUUCGCUAGAGUAUGUCUAGUCCGACCUGCUGCCGGUACCGACGAAGAACGCGAGAAGGUUUUCGCACUUAAGAUUUUGCGCAAAACCGAGGUUAUCAAGCUAAAGCAAAUCGACCAUGUUCGAGACGAGCGCCGUAUCCUAAGCGACGUCGCCGGCCACCCCUUCAUUACUGAACUAAUUACCACCUUCUCCGACCACGACUCCUUGUACAUGCUUCUCGACUACAUCCCCGGCGGCGAGUUGUUUAGUUAUUUGCGAAGACAUCGACGAUUUCCGGAGGAAUGGGCGCAGUUUUACGCGGCUGAGAUUGUCUUAGUACUCGAGUACCUUCACGAUGACCAAGGUGGCGUGGCGUAUCGCGAUCUGAAACCCGAGAAUCUCCUAUUGGAUGGUGAGGGUCAUGUGAAGCUGGUGGACUUUGGGUUCGCGAAGAGACUUGGCAGCAGGGAUAGUAGACCUGUUGAGACAUACACUCUUUGUGGCACGCCCGAAUAUUUGGCACCAGAGGUAAUUCAGAACAAGGGGCACACCAUAGCUGUUGAUUGGUGGGCAUUGGGUAUUUUGAUAUACGAAUUUCUCACAGGAUAUCCCCCGUUUUGGCACCAGAAUCCCAUCGAGAUCUACAAACAGAUUAUCGAGAAACCGGUGCUCUUCCCCGCCGAUCCUCCCAUUUCGCCUAAUGCGCAGAACAUCAUCCGUUCAUUUUGUACGGUAGACCGUUCCCGGCGACUAGGGAACCUAAUCGGUGGUACUCAGCAGGUCAAGAAGCAUCCCUUCUUUGAGGGCAUAAAUUGGGACGCCCUCUUCCGCCGAGAGCUGAGACCGCCGAUCCAACCCAACGUACGGUUCCCGGGUGACGCGCAAUGCUUUGAUGUCUACCCGGAGGACGACGGCAAGCGAGACGCGUAUACCGAAGAUAUGUCCCGUCAAUAUGACCGUUAUUUCGAGGGAUUCUAG